AUGCCGGCUCAAGCACUCACAACUACAGUACCGCCAUUCCAAAAGCUGGUCUUGUUUUCGGGCAACGUUAUGCGUAGUAGCGUAGCCGGACGUACCAAGGCCGUCAACAAAAAGGGAAACGCAGAGCUGCUUGAUGCAAUUAAUGAUACGCUCCGAACAUCGCUCGGCAAUCCCACUUCUCAGUCAUACCGUUAUUGCAACGAUGAGUCGCUUCUUGAAGUACCAGAUCUUCGAUUCGAAAGUCGGAUAUUGCCGGAGGAUCGAAGCGACGUUGAAGUCACAGCUAAACUUUUCAUUCUGGACCAAAAUGAGACCGAUAGCCACAUUGAUCAAGCAUUAGAACACUUGCGAAGGCUUUUGGGAGUGGAAUACAUUGAUAACUUUAUUCUUUCGAUUGGAUCAGCGACAUGCACAGCACCAUUGACUCAAGCUUGGAAACGACUCGAGACGCUGCAUCAAAAAGAUACACUCGGCAAAUUGGGUGUAGCCGAGCUCACUGAAGAGCAGCUUGAAAAGAUCCUCUCCGACGACGCCAUCACCGUGAAACCAUCAGUGAACCAGAUCAAUGUUUCUCAAUGCUGCAAUAUGCCAUCAUCCAUGAUCACCCUUGCCAAGAAACAUGGCGUAGAGUUGCUGCAUAACGGAGAUCGAUCGGAUAUCCUGGAUACGGCCACGUUAUCCAAGAUCCUUCAAGAGCAUAAUGUGAUCGAUGGUCAAGGAACCGUGGCACCACGAUGGGUUCUCAAAUACCACGUGUUUGUGCGAUGCCGUAGCAUUGUCAGAGAUAAGGGAUACAUUGUCGUCGGUGAUACACAAUCUUCAUGA